ACGCAUUGAUUUGUUUUACCUGUUUAUAUCGAUCGUGACCCGUAGUUUUUCAAAUAGCUGCGUCAUUCAGUUCCAAUGCAUAUUUGACACCAGUUUAUGACUAAGAUAGUUGGAUCAAGGAAGUUUCUUGAAUAUUGUAGAAGUUUUACAUCAUCUUGUGAAACAUUUUCCUCCAUUAUAUAAACACAAUAUUUGCUAAUCCUUCAUUGUGUUAGACAUUUUUGAAUCGAACAGGUGUUUUUGUUUUGGUUUCGAAAUUGAUUACAAACGGAUCUACUGAUUACGCCAAAAUGGUUCAUGUCAUUAAGGUCUAUCUUGUUGAUGGGAAAAAUGAAAAACAGAUUCGUAGACUUGCUGUUGGCAGUGAUGUAGUCAGCUCUUUUCAGCUGCUGAAGGAAAAAAUCAGGGCUCUUUUUCAGUUACCAACUGCCAGUUUUGAUAUAAAAUGGAAAGAUUCAGAAAAUGAUGAAAUUCUUAUGUCAUCUGAUGCCGAACUUGCUCAAGCUUUAGCAAAUGCUGAUGAUGGUUUGCUGAAGCUUUUUGUCAGUUUUGGCCAAACUAUUCCCAAAAUGCAGGAAGCUGAAACUAAAUCAGCUCAAGAACCUAAGGCUCCUGGUGAAGUACAUCCACAUGUAGUAUGUGAUGCAUGCAAUGGAAGUGUUUGUGGGGAUCGUUAUAAAUGCCUUCAAUGCAAAGAUUUUGACCUCUGUUCAUCUUGCCAUAGUGCUAACAAGCAUCCAUACCAUGACAUGGUCAAGCUCGUGAAACCCUCUUUUGCUCCACGUGAGUGGGCCUUUCUAGGAUCUCGUAGAAUGUGGAGAUCCAUGUUUGGUCAUGCCGCAAGAGGAUCGUUUUCUUUUCCAUCUCCUACUCAGAGCGCUAGUUCUACUUCCUCUGAAGAAGGUCAGGCACAGUCACCCUGUAAAGACAUGGGAAAUGCUAUUAAUAAGCUGUUGACUGGAGAUUUUGUUGCUGCAGAGAAGCUGUUUACUGAAGGUUUAGGUUCCUUCUUGCAGAAUUGGCCAGGUGGUAUUGAUGUGAAGUUGGAAACUAGCCCAGGCAGACGUUGCAGCAGAGAAUUCCGAAAAAGUUGUAAAAACAAGAAUAAAAAAGAGGGUGAACCAAUGCCUUCUACAUCUGACAAUGCUACUGAACAGAAUGAAAAUCUUGCAGCUGCAGAAGAAAAAGUUGAAGUUAAACAACCCCAGUGUGAAGAAACUGUUAAGCAAGAAACAGUAGAACCAGCUCAAGUUUGUGGAAUCUUUGCAGAGUCUGGAAAAACAUCUCUUAAAUCUAAAGAAACUGAAUGCACAAAUGAUGAUAAUGAAGUUAAAUCAUCUGACACUGGAGAAAGAGAAAAGUCACCUGUCAGUAGUGAUGACAAUUCUGCUUGUGCUGAAGGUUGGACACUUCUUCAAAAUGAAGAAGCUGAAAAACAGGAAGUGAAUUCUGUUGAGCCAGAGAAAAAAGAAACUGAGAAAAUAGUCAUGUACCCAAGCUUAGAGAAAGCAGCAGUUGAGCCAGGAUGCUUCAACCAAGGAGCCAACGAUAUUAAGCCAGAAUGCCCAAACCAGGGUGGCAACAAUAUUAAGCCAGAAUGCCCAUACCAAGCAACAAGCAGUAUUAAACAUGAAGAAGGAAAUGUGAUACGUUCUAAUGAUCCUGAAAUCAUCAAUGCUUUGAUUAAAAUGCAAGCUAUGGGCUUCACUAAUGAAGGUGGUUGGUUGGAAAGGCUUCUUGUUACCAAAAAGGGCAACAUUAAUGAAGCUUUGGAUGCUUUAUAUCCAUUUACUCGUCAGUAAUGAUAUGUACUUUUUGUCCAGCUUACAGCGUGGAGUUUUCUAUUCUAUCUGUUUUAUCUAAAUGACAUUGUUAUUUGUUGUAGCUUUUUGAGAUAUGUAUUUGAUUGUCAUUUUCAAAAAUCCAAAAUAAUUUUUAUUGAUUUGGUUUGGUUGUACAUUUUAUUAUGAAUAAAUUAAUAAAAAUUA